AUGUCCGACCCAGUCCUGUUCGAAGACACUUUCACGAUCAACUCGAUCAACGCCCAAAAAUACGAUCGCGUCUCGCGUCUUGAAUGUGAGAACCGUGACAAUUCUAUCACUUUCACCCUCGAUGUGAACACCGAGCUCUACCCAUGCGCCGUUGGUGAAUCGGUGUCUAUGGCUAUUGCCUCUACUCUUUCCCUCGACGGCAAGGAGGACAACCGCACAAGCUGGCGCGAGGUCAGCAAUGGCGAGCCUAGUCUCGCCGAUGACUACGACUAUGUCUGCCACGGCAAGGUCUACCGGUUUGCGGAGGGCCAAGAGAAGGAUACAAUGGCUGUCUUUGCCUCAUUCGGUGGUCUUCUUCUCUACCUGGUCGGACCUUACAACAAGACCAACCCCCUGCGGAUCGAUCACGUCUACCUGCUCCUGAAGAAAUAA